AUGCAAGGAAAGCAAGGCGACGUUGUGACAAACGAUGCGGGCCAGAUUGUGACGCGGUCGCGGGUUUACGCCGACGCGAACAGCAACAUGCCGCAGUCGUAUUGGGAUUACGACAACCUGCAGGUCGAGUGGGGCAACCAGGACAACUACGAGAUCAUUCGCAAGAUUGGGCGCGGCAAGUACUCGGAGGUAUUUGAGGGCACCAACGUGGCCAACGACGAGGCAUGCGUUAUCAAGGUGCUGAAGCCCGUCAAGAAGAAGAAGAUCAAGCGCGAGAUCCAGAUCAUGCAGAACCUGUCCGGCGGCCCCAACAUCAUCCAGCUCCUGGAUGUCCUGUACCCGAUGUUCACGGACUACGAUGUGCGCUACUAUAUCCACGAGCUGCUAAAGGCGCUGGAUUUCGCGCACUCGCGUGGCAUUAUGCACAGAGACGUCAAGCCGCACAAUGUGAUGAUUGACCACGAGAAGCGCACGCUGCGGCUGAUCGACUGGGGCCUGGCCGAGUUCUACCACCCGGGUACCGACUACAAUGUGCGUGUGGCAUCGCGGUACUUCAAGGGCCCCGAGCUGCUUGUCGACUACACGCCGUACGACUACUCGCUUGAUAUGUGGAGUCUGGGCUGUAUGUUUGGCAGCAUGAUCUUCCGCAAGGAGCCGUUCUUCCACGGCCACGACAACUACGACCAGCUGGUCAAGAUCGCCAAGGUUCUGGGCACUGAGGACCUGCUGGUGUACUUGAAGAAGUACAACAUCGAGCUUGACGAGCACUACAACAAGAUCCUAGGAACGUACCCGAAGAAGAGCUGGCACAAGUUUAUUACCAUCGAGAACCAGCGGUUUGUGUCGCCCGAGGCUAUCGAUUUCCUUGACCGGUUGCUGAGGUACGACCAUAUGGAGCGGCUUACGGCCAAGGAGGCCAUGACCCACCCGUACUUUGACCCAGUCAGGGAGAAGGGCGAGGCCAACUGA